AUGGUAGCGGAGCGCGCCGGCAAAGCGGCGGCCGCCGGAGCCUGCGGCCCGGGGGAGCUGGGCGCGCCCGGGACGGCGGCGCCCGCGGCAGCGCGGAGCGAGCGCUGCGCGCGGCUGCCCAGCGCGGGGUCGUGCGGACUGCUGGCGCUGGCCCUGUGCUCGCUGGCGCUCAGCCUCCUCGCCCACUUUCGGACGACCGAGCUGCAGGCCCGGGUCCUGCGCCUGGAAGCGGAGCGUGGAGAGCAGCAAAUGGAGACGGCUAUUUUGGGACGAGUCAACCAACUGCUGGACGAGAAAUGGAAGCUCCACUCGCGGAGGCGCCGGGAGGCCCCCAGGAUGUCUCCAGGAUGUAACUGCCCGCCAGGCCCUCCUGGUCCCGCUGGCAGGCCUGGACUCCCGGGGGAGAAAGGUGCCCUUGGGAUGCCUGGACGUGUGGGUGCCCCUGGGGACGCUGGCAUGUCCAUCAUCGGCCCCCGAGGCCCCCCGGGCCAGCCGGGCACGCGAGGCUUUCCUGGAUUUCCGGGUCCCAUCGGGCUUGACGGCAAACCGGGCCAGCCCGGGCCGAAAGGGGAGAUGGGCCCGACAGGUCCCCGAGGACAGCAGGGACCUCAAGGACAAAAAGGAGAAAAGGGUCAAUGUGGAGAGUACCCACAUCGGGAGUACCUAAGCAGCACGCUAGCAGCUCUGCGCUCCAACCAGAUAAUUACCUUGAAGCUGCUGCCUCUGCUCAAUUCAGUGCGACUGGCUCCACCCCCAGUCAUAAAAAGGCGGACCUUCCAGGGUGAGCAGGGCCAGGCCGGCAUCCAGGGCCCACCAGGGCCACCGGGCCCCCCCGGACCAAGUGGACCGCUGGGGCAUCCAGGACUGCCAGGGCCCAUGGGGCCACCUGGCUUACCUGGGCCUCCGGGACCGAAGGGAGACCCAGGGAUCCAGGGCUACCAUGGCCGGAAGGGAGAACGGGGCAUGCCAGGGAUGCCAGGCAAGCACGGAGCCAAGGGAGCUCCAGGCAUCGCCGUGGCUGGGAUGAAGGGUGAGCCGGGGAGCCCAGGAGCCAAGGGUGAGAAAGGGGCUGCAGGGCCCCCCGGGCUCCUGGGACAGAAAGGAGAGAAAGGCGAUGCUGGCAACGCCAUUGGAGGAGGCAGGGGGGAUCCUGGCCCCCCAGGGCUCCCUGGCCCUCCAGGGCCAAAGGGAGAAGCAGGUGUCAUUGGCCAAACCGGCCCCCCAGGACAGCAAGGAGAAAAGGGGGAGCCUGGAACAGCCAGGGAGGAAGACGGAGCUGGCCCCAAGGGCUCCAAGGGUGAGCCGGGGAAAGGAGAGCUGGUGGAUUACAAUGGCAACAUCAGCGAGGCCCUCCAGGAGAUCCGCACAUUGGCCUUGAUGGGCCCUCCUGGUCUGCCUGGGCAGAUUGGCCCACCCGGAGCUCCAGGAACCCCAGGCCAGAAGGGGGAGAUCGGACUGCCAGGCCCUCCGGGACUUGAUGGCGAGAAGGGACCUCGUGGCAAACCAGGAGACAUGGGCCCCCCUGGUCCCCAGGGACCCCCGGGAAAGGAUGGACCUCCGGGAAUGAAGGGAGACAACGGGCCCCCGGGGAACCCGGGAGAGAAGGGGGAGAAAGGGGAGAUGGGCCCGGCAGGCUCACCGGGAGAGAAAGGACAAGCCGGGGAGAAGGGUGACCCGGGAGCAGAGGUUCCCGGGCCACCAGGGCCAGAGGGGCCCCCGGGACCUCCGGGGCUUCAAGGUGUUCCUGGACCAAAGGGAGAAGCAGGACUGGACGGAGCAAAAGGAGAAAAGGGCGUCCAGGGAGAGAAAGGAGACCGGGGGCCUCUGGGACUGCCUGGAGCGUCAGGUUUGGACGGCAGGCCUGGGCCACCGGGCACUCCAGGACCAAUUGGAGUUCCAGGCCCGGCGGGACCAAAGGGCGAGAGGGGCAGCAAAGGAGACCCCGGGGUGACAGGACCAACAGGAGCAGCGGGACUUCCUGGCUUACACGGACCACCCGGGGACAAAGGAAGCCGGGGGGAGAGGGGGAAGAAAGGCUCUAGAGGGCCUAAAGGGGAUAAGGGAGACCAAGGAGCGCCUGGACUAGACGCCCCCUGUCCAUUGGGCGAAGACGGCCUACCCGUCCAGGGCUGCUGGAACAAGUGAUGCCUCUAACCGUGGAUUGGCCUCUGUGUGUGUGUGUACAUAGAAUAUUUAUUUUUAUACAGUUUUCACUUUUUGAAAAUGCCAG